UCUGCUAGACCUUAGGUCCUUCCGUCCGAUUGACCAAGUCAACCGGAUCCGGGUUUAAGGUCAUUGGCUUUUCAUCACCGUAAACGGUUUCGCGGGAGGCAAAUGCAGUUGCCGCGGCGGUGCUUUUCUGUGCCGUCAAAUGUUAUGGAUGUACUGGAAAUGCUGCUCUGAACGACGGCGAAUGAUGCGGGGUUUUCUCAGCAAUAUGAACAGGUACUUAUCGACCUACAGAGUAGCCGCUAAUGCCUUCGAGAUGUCUGCAAACCAUGGCGAAUUGAGGGUUUUCAUUGUCGCCGGAGAAGUCUCCGGCGACACCAUCGCUUCUCGUCUCAUGACAUCUCUGAGAACGCUAUCUCCUGUUCCUGUUCGUUUCUCCGGCGUCGGAGGCUCCAUGAUGUCCAAGCAAGGAUUGAAGUCUCUAUUCCCCAUGGAGGAUAUUGCAGUAAUGGGAAUAUGGGAGCUAUUUCCGCAUCUAAUGAAAAUUAGAGAAAAGCUCAAGAGGACCGUUGAAGCUGCUAUAGUGUUUCAACCUCAUGUCGUUGUAACGGUGGACUCUAAAGGGUUCUCGUUCCGCCUCCUAAAGCAGAUACGUGCUAGAUAUCGAAACGAUAAAUUGGCUUGUCCAGUACAUUUCCAUUACGUAGCACCGUCAUUCUGGGCUUGGAAAGGGGGUGAAGAAAGGCUCAAAGGUCUUGUUGAAUUUGUUGACCACAUUUUAUGCAUACUUCCAAAUGAAGCAGAAGUUUGUAAAUCAAAUGGAUUGGCAGCAACCUUUGUGGGGCAUCCCAUUCUCGAGGAUACGUUAGACCUCAAUGCUGGGAAGGAUGCCUCAUUACUGGAGUUGAAAAUACAGGGAAGUUGCAAGGAUUUUCUAAUUCAAAACGACAUUCGUGCUGAUGCAACAAUCAUUUCCCUGCUUCCUGGAAGUAGGUUACAGGAAGUCAGCAGAAUGAUUCCAAUCUAUGCAAGUACGUUGGAGUUACUGAAAGAAUCCUUCCCGGAGCUGACAACAAUCAUCCACGUUGCUCCUAAUGCUGAUGUACAGGACCAUAUAAGUGGAGUCCUUCAUAAGUGGCCUGUGCCUGCCGUAUUGGUCGCAGGAGGAUCACCACAAGCAAAAUAUGAUGCAUUCAGUGCAAGUAAGGUUGCAUUAUGUACUUCUGGUACAGUUGCUACGGAGUUGCAGCUUGCUCGGUUACCUUGUGUAGUUGCUUACCGAGCUCAUUUCUUAACCGAAUGGUUAAUUCGACACAAAGCGAAAGUAUCAUACAUCUCCCUUCCAAAUAUUCUCUUAAACUCACCUGUUAUCCCAGAGGCACUGUUUCAAGAAUGCACUCCAGGAAGGCUACAGUCGAUGCUCAAGGAAUUGAUACGUAACGACGGUCUACGCAACAAACAGAUUGUCGCAGCCGAAGAGGUUCUUAAACUGCUGUGUCCAAAAGAAAGUACGAAGAUCUUAGCACGAGCGGGUUUAAAAUGCACAUCUUCAUCUUCAAUCUGCACACCCAGCAUGAUAGCGGCAUCUACCAUACUGUACUAUGAAAGGACGCAGUAAUUGGGUUGGAAUCAGCCAAUUUUGCAGCAGUGAAAGGCUGAUCAAUGAUCUUUUUACUUUGAACCAUUCUUAAUUCUUGGAAUUGUUCAUUUGAGAAACAUUUCAAAUGAAUACAAACCAUCGAUAAUUGUUGGAU